AUGGAAUCGCGCGGGGCGCUGCUGUUGUUGGUCGUGUACGUCGCGGCGUUCCAGCGACCGGCGCAUGGUCAAGACUGUCCAGACGGCGUUCCAGUAACGUACGUCAAAUACAGUAAUUCGGCUCCUAGAUCUGUGGUACAGCCGAUCCUAUUGUACGCCAGCACUCCCGGAGUCGCCAUAACGGCAGAAUGUUACAACAGAUGUAGAAAGUCGGUGGACUGCGCCGGAUUCAUAAUAGAUUACACGUCGACGUCGUGUUACCGGGUGCCCAACAUGGGAAGUUCCACCGACAACAUCGUCGUCACCCCAAAUGUAAAUUUUUUUAGGAAAGCGUGUCUCCGCGUCCCCGAAUCGUGUAAUCGAAGAGCGUGGCCGAUCGAGGUAUCCAUGGACUACGAAAUAAGCGGUUUUCAGUAUUCGGUCGUGCCCAAUGUCGGCGACAAAUGGCGAUGCGCCCAACUGUGCAUCGACCAAAACGAUUGCAAGUCGGCCAACUACUUUCGACUGACAAAGAUGUGUUCUCUGAACUCCGAAACCCGCAAGACCAAACCCACGGCGUUCAAUCCGAGUCGGAGUCAAGUCGAAUAUUUAGAAAACGAAUGCGCCAAUACACUACCAGGUGCAAAUCAAAUUAGUUCGUGCUGGCACGAACCUGUAUAUGAUAGAACUUUACAACAAGUGGACUUACAAGUAGAAAACAUUAACAUUGAACAAUGCAAGGAGAGAUGUGAAUCUGAACAAUAUUUUAGCUGCAGAGGUUAUACUUUUAAAUGCCCUACAGAUGGGUUUGGUGGCACUCUUUGUCUUUUACACGGUGACGAUACAAGCACAGCCGGCCCACUCAUUCCAUCGCCAUGUUCCACUUAUAUAGAAAGAAUUACUUGCAUUGAUUUAAGCGUCUCGUGUAGCGAUGAUUCCAUGAUAGUGUCGUUGAGAUCUCAGGGCUUCAAGGGCCGAAUGUUUGUACUGGGAAGACCAGAAGAAUGCGGCGUUAAUGGUCGCCAUACGGAUAUGACUACGAUUACCCUGCCGAUCGUGGAAAACCACACUCAACGUAAUCGCUGUGACGUGGUAGUGGCUAAAUCGGCAAAUAGCAACAGGAAGUUGGCUACAGCUGUUGUCGUAGUACAACACCACCCUAUCAUACAAACCGUCGGCGAUCGAGUGACAAAAGUGUCGUGUGCUGUUGGUUCAAGUCCCCUACCGUCGUUCUUGGCCUCUCGGCCGCAGAACAUCACUUUAGACGCUACAUUUGGUGUGGCAGAACCGAGCAUACAUAACACAAUAUACAACGACGGUGGAUACGAUCCGAAUGGUUUGGUUGGUUCGGCAAAUCAAGUCGCUAAGAUGAGAAUUUUGGAAGUGGGACGAAACGUAAAACAAGUAUCUGAAGUGAAACUUGGCGAUGAAUUGGAACUCCGGAUUGACGUGAAUCCACCAUAUAACGCAACACAAUUAAGGGCCGGCCACUUGAUCGCUAGUUCUGGAGAUGGUCUGGACUCUUUGUUACUUUUAGAUUGGAGAGGAUGUCCUCCAGAACCAUCGACAUUUCCGGUUUUGAAUUUAACACCUCCAAAUUCAAUGGUCGCAAGAUUCAAAGCAUUCCGAUUUCCUUCGUCACCUGUACUACGGUUUAGUCUCAUGAUGAUGUUUUGUGAUCAGAUGUGUAAGCCUAGUGACUGUGGAAACGGACAAGUGUCCCAUGGUCGACGAAAACGCGAUGUACAUACCUCAGAAAGUAAGACAAAGGAAGUACCAUUACAACUCGCAAUCGUAGUACGAUCUCUUGAUGAACAAGAAGAAAUUAUAGCCAGUCAAAGCCAAAUUAGUAACAGUAACAAUAAUAAUGAUAGAUCAUCAAGAAAAUUGGAGGCUUCAGUAAUUCGCAACAAUGAAUGGUGCAUUACUUGGCCUAUAGGAUUAGCUAUCGGUAUAAUUCUAGUCACUAUGCAGACAUUACUUGUAUUAGGCUGUUGGUCAUUUUUUCGACGAUCAAAUCAAAAGGUCCUUAAUGAUCGUGUGACUUUAAAUUCUGACUUUCAACCGAGACAUGUCACUUGGGCUGACCACCAAUAA